AUGCCGACGGUUCAUAUGCUCGACUAUGUCGCCGGAAACGUGCGCUCGCUCGUCAAUGCCAUAGAAAAAGUUGGCUAUACUGUAGAAUGGGUCAGGUCGCCCGCCGAUGUGCCUGCUGCAGAGAAACUCAUCAUUCCCGGCGUUGGCCACUUCGGCCACUGCAUGACGAACCUCGAGAAAGCGGGUUACAUCGAGCCCAUCCGCGAACACAUCAAAGCUGGGAAGCCGUUUAUGGGAAUCUGCGUAGGGUUACAAGCACUCUUUGAGGGAUCGGAAGAGGACCCACAAGUAAAAGGACUGGGUGUAAUACCAGCACGGCUGAAGAAAUUCGACAGCAAGGACAAGAGCGUACCGCACAUUGGAUGGAACAGCGCAAACACUUCGCGGGCCGACCAGGUUACUGAUGAGUCGUUAUACGGAUUACGACCGGCGUCGAAAUACUACUACGUUCACUCGUACGCUGCGCCUUAUAGGGAGGGUGAGCUUGAGAAGGCGGGCUGGCAAGUGGCGACCGCGCGCUAUGGCGACGAAGAGUUUGUGGGUGCAGUGGCGAAGGACAAUAUCUUUGCUACGCAGUUCCACCCCGAGAAGAGCGGAGCGGCUGGUCUGCGCGCUCUGAAAGCAUUCUGUGAAGGCCAACGAUCACAAAAGCUACCAAAAGUUCCUUCAACAGAAGCAACAAGAGAGGGCCUGACACGGAGAGUCAUCGCGUGUUUGGACGUGCGGACAAAUGAUCAGGGAGACCUCGUCGUUACAAAGGGCGACCAGUACGAUGUACGAGAGAAAGACGGCGUGAGUUCAGGCGGCGCGGUGCGCAACUUGGGAAAGCCAGUCGACAUGGCGAAGAAGUACUACGAGCAGGGCGCCGACGAAGUCACCUUCCUCAACAUCACAUCCUUCCGCAACUGCCCUGUAGCCGACACGCCGAUGCUCGAGAUCCUGCGACGAACCAGCGAGACCGUCUUCGUGCCCCUCACAAUCGGCGGUGGUAUUAGAGACACCGUCGACACAGACGGUACCAAGAUCUCCGCCCUCGACAUCGCGACCAUGUACUUCAAGUCCGGCGCAGACAAAGUCAGCAUCGGCUCCGACGCCGUCACCGCCGCAGAAGAGUAUCACGCACGAGGUGGCAAAUUAAGCGGCACAACCGCCAUUGAGACCAUCUCCUCCGCCUACGGCAACCAAGCCGUCGUCAUUAGCAUUGAUCCCCGCCGCGUCUACGUCUCCUCCCCCGAUGCAACGCCCCACCACACCAUCAAGACCGCGACUAAGGGCCCCAACGGCGAGGAGUACGCUUGGUACCAGUGCACCAUCAAAGGUGGCCGCGAGGGCCGCGACUUCGACGUAAAGCAGCUGGUCACCGCGGUGGAGGCUAUGGGUGCAGGCGAGAUCCUGCUAAACUGCAUAGAUAAGGAUGGGACGAACAGCGGGUUUGAUCUUGAGCUUAUCAACGAUGUGAAGGCGUCGAUAAAGAUCCCCGUUAUUGCGAGCAGCGGAGCAGGGAAUCCGGGGCAUUUCGAAGAGGUGUUUGCGAAGACGCCUACUGAUGCUGCGCUGGGGGCUGGUAUGUUCCACCGUGGAGAAUACACGGUUAAGCAGGUGAAGGACUUCUUGCAAGAGAAGGGACUGCUGGUGCGGCAAUUUGAAGACGCCGUGUAG